AUGGAGGCAGAGAACCGAACCCGGGUCAGGGAGUUCCUCUUCUUGGGCUUCUCCAGCUACGCCGGCCACCAGGCCUCCCUCUUCCUGCUGUUCCUCACGGCCUACUCGGCAACGGUGACGGGCAACCUCCUCAUCUUGCUCCUGAUCUCGCUGGACUCCCGCCUCCACAGCCCCAUGUACUUCUUCAUCGGGCAGCUCUCCUGCCUGGACAUCUGCCUGUCUUCCGUCGUCGUGCCGAAGAUCCUGGUGAACUUCCUACGCCGGAGGCACAGCAUAUCCUACGGCCAGUGCCUGGCCCAGACCUUCUUCCUGGUGGGGUUCGCCGGGUGCGAGCCGGCCCUGCUGGCCGUCAUGGCCUUCGACCGCUACGCGGCCAUCUGCCAGCCUCUGCGUUACGCCUCCCUCAUGAGCCACAGGGCGUGCCGUGGGCUCGUGGUGGCCACGUGGGCCUGGGGCUUCCUGGACGCGGCCGUUCACGCCUGCCUAACCUCUACGCUGUCCUUCUGUGGGGUGAAUCAGAUCCCCCACAUAUUCUGUGAUGUCCCCCCGCUGCUGAAAAUCGCCUGCAGUGAUACGCAUGCCAAUGAACUGACCAAUCACAUCACCAGCAUCUUUGUGGGGCUGGGCCCCUUGAUGUUCAUCUUCAUCUCAUACUGCUGCAUCCUCUCCUCCAUCCUGCAAAUCCGCUCCGGCACCGGCUGGCGCAAGGCCCUCUCCACCUGCGCGUCCCACCUCAUCGUGGUCAACCUCUGCCUUGGGAACGCCUUCCUGAACUACAACCGGCCCAGCGCCGGCUACUCCCUGGAGGUGGACACGCUGGUCUCCUCGAUGUUCUGCAUCGUCAACCCCAUGCUGAACCCGCUCAUCUACAGCCUCCGCAACAAGGAGGUGAAGGCAGCCCUGCGGAAGGUCUUGAACUAUCAGGGGGCAGCUUCACGUUGA